CGGGGGCGCGCUUGGGGAGUGUGCACGGCGCGCGCGUUGUAGCCGGUGUCUGCGUCUGUCGGGCUGUAGUCGCAGAGUGAGUGGUGAGUUGCAGUCAAGCUAAAAUGUCUCCUGAAAUAGCUUUGAACAGAAUUUCUCCAUUGCUUUCUCCAUUUAUAUCCAGUGUGGUCAGAAAUGGAAAAGUAGGACUGGAUGCUACAAACUGUUUAAGGAUAACUGACCUGAAGUCUGGGUGUACCUCCUUGACUCCUGGACCUAGUUGUGAUCGAUUUAAAUUGCAUAUACCAUAUGCUGGAGAAACAUUAAAAUGGGAUAUUAUUUUCAAUGCUCACUACCCAGAGUUGCCCCCUGAUUUUAUCUUUGGAGAAGAUGCUGAGUUUCUGCCAGAUCCUUCUGCUCUGCAUAAUCUUGCAUCCUGGGAUCCAGCUAAUCCUGAUUGCCUUCUGCUUGUGGUGAAGGAACUUGUGCAACAGUAUCACCAGUUUCAGUGUAGCCGCCUCCGUGAGAGCUCUCGCCUCAUGUUUGAGUACCAGACAUUACUUGAAGAGCCACAGUAUGGAGAACACAUGGAAAUUUAUGCUGGGAAAAAAAAUAACUGGACUGGGGAAUUUUCAGCUCGUUUCCUUUUGAAGUUACCAGUGGAUUUCAGCAACAUUCCCACAUACCUACUCAAGGAUGCAAAUGAAGAUCCUGGAGAAGAUGUGGCUCUUCUCUCAGUCAGUUUCGAGGAUACAGAAGCUACUCAAGUGUUCCCAAAAUUAUACUUGUCACCACGCAUUGAACAUGCUCUUGGUGGUUCCUCUGCUCUUCACAUCCCAGCUUUUCCAGGAGGAGGAUGUCUAAUUGAUUAUGUUCCCCAAAUAUGCCAGCUACUAACCAACAAGGUACAGUAUAUCAUUCAGGGUUAUCAUAAAAGAAGAGAAUAUAUUGCAGCUUUCUUGAGUCACUUUGGAACAGGAGUGGUGGAGUAUGAUGCUGAAGGCUUUACGAAGCUCACCUUGCUACUGAUGUGGAAAGAUUUUUGUUUCCUUGUCCACAUUGACCUUCCCCUGUAUUUCCCUCGAGACCAGCCUACUCUCACCUUUCAAUCAGUCUACCACUUUACCAAUAGUGGACAGUUGUACUCUCAGGCCCAGAAAAAUUAUCCAUACAGCCCACGAUGGGAUGGCAAUGAGAUGGCCAAAAGAGCAAAGGCUUAUUUCAAAACGUUUGUCCCUCAGUUCCAAGAGGCUGCCUUUGCCAAUGGAAAGCUCUAGGAAACACCAAUCUUAAGAGGACGUCAGCCAGACUUCUCUGUCCACAUGCAUGUCAGCACAUAAGACAACUUCCUGGAAGCCACUUGGAACAUCUUCAUGGGAGCAUUUUGCUUUAUCAGCAGCUCAGAUCACCACAGACAACAAUGACUCUGUGGAAAAAUCAAGAUUGAGUUUUAAUUUGAAUGUUUUAACUCCUUUGUUUGUUCCCCGUUUCUUUGUCUAUAUUUUUUUUUUUUGGUCAGUCAUAAAAAGUUAAACCACAAUAUUAAAAUGCAGUAUUUUUCCAGGGCAGGUAAUAUGUCACAAAUUCAUAUAUUCUCCUGAGGUGUCAAUAAAAAUUAAAAUUUUCUCUCAUA